AAGUUUCGAAGAUGGCAGCGAGACCAAACUGGAGCUCGUUGCCCAGUGUCCUUAUUGUGGAUAUUUUAUCCUACCUUUCGCAUAAAGACAGACUGAACGCUUCAUCAAGUUGUAAAAGAUGGAGGAACUGUCUUUUUCAUCCAUUAUUUUGGCAAAAGAUUAAUUUCAGAACAAGUUAUUCAGACAGACAGAGGACGAAGUUUUUGACAGACAGAUGUGGGAGAUUCGUCAGACAAGUGGUUAUAAAUUUUGACUCCCACAACCACAAAGAAGUUCGUGAAUGCUCACAGAUCUUAGAUGUACUUUGUGGAAAUAAGAAUCUAACAAGUUUUUCGUUGUUGCCUUCGAGUUGUCACAUUGAAUGGCCUGAUACACAGUCAACGUAUUUUAUUGACAGGUUUUUAGACUGCAUUGAAAGUAUUAUAAAGAACAGCAAAAAACUGAAACACUUUUCCUUGGGAUUUGCAGAAGAGUUACUAGAACAUUCCAGUAUUAUCCUUGACUUACUUGGAAGGAACUGCUCACGUAUGUUAGAAAGUCUUCACAUUGCCAGCAUUAAAGAAGAUUCAGAGAACUAUGGUAUUAUUGAUCUCAGUGCAUCACAGUUCCUAACAUUCACAGCCUUGAGACAUCUUAGUGUAGACUAUGAUCAUAUGAGUAAUGAACUUCUCUCAGCAUUUAGUUCAGGCUGUAAAAACAGACUGGAGACCUUAGUUGUCAACGUUCAUGGAAUUGACUCAGAGCAUGAGAAAGUGACAAACUACUCUUGGAUUGCAGUCAGGAAGAACUGCCCAAAGCUGGAGGUGACUGUCAACUUGAUCCAUUCCUAUGAUGGUGUACAGGGCCUUCUAGACAUCCUUCAGCCAGCCUUACCUCUAACAUGUUUUAGACAAAUGUUCUGUACAGAUCUCAAUCCAUCUGCCAUCAAUUAUUUCUCAUCACAUUACAAAGACACCCUCAGAUCAAUUUACAUCAUUGAUGGUUUGAAUGAUGGCUUUCCUAUACCAUACUUUAGUCACAUGGAAGAAGACACAUUUGUCAUGUUGGCUUGGAGAUGUACCAAACUUGAAGAAUUUACCUUGCUUGGGUAUGAGAUUUUGGAUGAUGAUAUAAUGGCUAUCGCCAGACUACGUGGUGAGCAGUUGAAGAAAUUUGAUAUUCCUCUGUCAUGUAUUGCCACUUUGGAUGAAGAUGAAGAAACACCAGCUCGAUAUGCUUAUGUGGAUGAUGAUUUUGUAGUCAGUGUGUCUAACAGCUUAAAGUGGCCUUGGUAUCCAAAAGAAGAUAGUGAACUACCAUUAGCAGUAUUUGAUGCUCAAGCUGACGCUGAACUAGCCUACAUUGAGAUCCUACUGUCUGACCAGCAACAGAAGUGACAACGUACAGCAAGCACUUACCAAAAAUAUUAUUGGAAUAGCUGAAGUUGGGGAAAUUUUCUUUAUCAGUACAACAUGAAUUUAUUGGUUUCAGUUUUGUCUGUUUAUUGUAAUAUAUACUUUAUAUACACACAAAAGAUAUUUUGUUAAAACAUGUUUUUUUUUAUUGACAUGUUUUUCAUUUAUAUUUUAUUUUGACCAAACGUUUCAGUUAUCUUUUAGAUGUCAAAUUAACUCAAUGUUCCUUUAAAAAAAACAUUGAUGUUUAACGUAACUCAUGAUAGUAUAUUAGUAAUAACAUAAAAGGAAAAUCUCAAUGAAAAGUAUGUGAAUGAAAAAAUGAAUAAACAUAAUGACUCAUUAAAAUGGAUUAGGGAAAUUUAAGAUCCAUGCAAUGAUAUAAUUGGUUGGUUAAUAACAUUGUGAGUAGGGUUUUGAUAUCAUCACACUGAAGUCUUGUUUAAGGAAAGUAAUGGAUAAUUAAAGCAAAAUAUAAAUUUGUCAAUUCUAUGUUAUUAUUUUGUACCCUUUGAAAUUACUUUAUGACUUUGAUACUUAAUAGAAAUCAUAUUAUCAUUUUUAUGUUGUCAGAUCUAAUAAUACCUCUCAGUUUAGCCUUUUAACAUCAGUAAAUGAUUUAUAAGAUUACAUAUACACAUGUAUAAACUAAUAGCUGUCCUCACUUUGGUAAGUGUUUUCUGGUUUUAUGAAAAUCAUAUAUAAGGACACCAUCAGAAUCAAAAAGUAUUUUGCUAACCAUCUAUUAUAGUGCUUUAAUGUAGUUCUAGUCAAUUCUUGCCGUAUUUAUUGUAAUAAAAGAUCAUUCCAGUAGUCUUAAUAAACAUGUUGACUCAAAGAACUUUUGAUAUAUACUAUUUUGUUUAAUUUUUAUCAUUAUGAAGAAUCUGAGAAUAUGGCAAAGGUUUUAAAAUUAUAUUGGAACAAUAUGUUAUCAAAAUAAUGUGAUAGACAUUGUGAUCUUUAAGUAUGAGGUCAUGUGAUACAGAACCAUACGUGCCAAUUAUAGAAAUAGAUCUGAGUGCAAUAUUUUGUGAUACAUCUUAAUACCACAAGAAAUGGUGGGAUAAAGAAACAAACGAUUAUUUUUAUUUUAUAAUCUAAGAUUCUGAUGUUUUACUCCUAUAUAUCCUGUUGUUGUGAAUUUUGUGCUAUAUUUUAUGUGCUUGAAGAAUUUUACAACUUUAUACACCAUCAAAGUGCAUUUUAAUUCCAUUGUUGUUUAGUAUUAAUAUUCUUUGAUGAAAAAAGUGAAGGACUUUAUAUUAAAGUUUAAUUCAAGAAUUAGGUCAAAGUAAUUUUUAGCUUCCAUUUGCUCCUAUUCAAUUUUUUCAAGGAUAAAAAAAUAUGAAAUUAUUCUAUCUUACACAUCUUAAUGUUGCAAACAAAUCAAAGGACUAAUAUUUAAGUUAGAAUGGACUUCACAUGUAAACCCUCAUGCAGCUCAAUGAAUAAUUAGGUCAUCUAUACACAACUUUUCCUGUAAAGAUGUAUAUUUUAAAUAUAUGUGAGGGAAAAUUGCAUUAAAGUGGUAAAUAGUACAUCUCUUGUUAACCUAGGUGUAGCUAACUAAAGAAAGUCAUCUCCUUUUAUUUGUUUGUGAAUUGCUGCUUAAGUGAAAUAUAUUUUCCUUCAUUUCUUUCAUCAAUUUAGGUGAACAUGAAAAAGUAGCUAAAUCAGCAAGUAAAGAACUAGCUACAAUUUUCAAAGGAUAAGUGCAAUCAAAAAUAAAAAUUUAGAAAACCAAGAUCUAAGUUUUUAACUCAAUGUUGUUAUUUGAUUUGUUAUUUAUUUAAACAUCCUUGUUAACUUUGGUCCAUUUUAUACACUGAGAGACCAAAUAUUGUUGAUUUUUACAAAAAGUUCCAGCACAUUCAUAUAGCAAGCCUUUGGUAUAUUUAUUAAAAUGGGCAUUUGUAAAGGCGUAAGAAUAUCAGGUUUUCAAUCUUACAGAAAUAUUUUCUUCAGUGGUUGAUAUUUACAUUACUACAAGGGAUCAUUGCUGGAGUAUAUAUAACUGCAAGUUCAUAUUCCAUUGUUGACUAACAACAAGUAAUGUUUCAUGUUAGUAGUUGCAUUUAAGACUAUUUUAUUGUAAACAUAUAAAGAGAGAUAAUUGUUAAACAGCAAAGAACUAGGCAAAGCAUAAAGACUUGAUAUAUUCUCUUGUUGUUAGUGCAACAUUUUGGGGGAAAUUAUGAAAUUUAACAGGUUUGAAAACUGGAUAUUUCAAGUACUGCUAUAUGUGGAUAUGUGUUUUAACAACUUGAUGUAAAUAUGUAAAUAAGUUUUUUUUUAUUAAGUUUGUUGUUUUAUUUUUAUUGUUCUAUAUUAUAGAUAAUUACCAGUGUUUUCUGAAAUUUUCAUUAUUUUAACAAAUAUUGUGUUAGAAAUUACAAGCUUGAAAUCUCUUGGAUGUUGUCAUGAAAUUUUUCAUACUAGGUUAUUUUUUUCUGCAUCAUGGGACAUUUUUAUGUAAAAAAUGAUUUAGAGAGCUAGUAAUAUGUAGUACUGUUGUAAUUUCAGUUCAAUAAAAAGCUAAAAUGCCAUAGCUUAUAAAAAUAUAAACAAUCUAACUUUGGUUUCUCUAGGCAGUUAUGUAAAAUUAUGAUUCCAUGUCUGUUUGAUGUGCCAAUCUGAAAAAAGUUAUUGGAAAUCUAAAACGUAAUUUAAAAAAUUGUUAUCGGGAAUUAACAAAUUGUGUGAAGAAAAAUAAACAGAAGACCUGAAAUAUGAAAGAUGAAAUAAAAAAAAACUCCAACAUACAACACAUCACAAUGAAGUUGAUACAUCAUGUCAACUUACUACAACUAUAUUAACACAAUCUAUAUAAGUAUGGUAAUAAUGUGUUACAGUAAUUGAUUACAGUAUUUGUUAUAAUAAUGAAUGAACACAUGUUAUAUAUGAAUCACAAAGUCAGUUGAAUUAUACCACAGUCUUUCUUUAUACAUGUAUUACAUUGUCAAAGAUCUUUGUGUGGGACUCAUCCUUAAAUGAUCUCAAAUAUUCAACAGUCCCAUUUAAACAUGUAUGUACAAAGUUUUUACUGGAGAAAGACGAAGAACAUAUCAAAUGAAGUUCAAAUGUGUUUGUAAAAUCUUUACAGAAUAGCAUGUAAUGUGAAUAUUUGUAAAAUCUUUACAGAAAAACAUGUAAUGUGAAUAUUUAAGCCAUCUCUUUAACUAUUGAAAUAUGCCAAAUCUGUAAAUUGACAAUGUUUAUUUUUAAUUUUCCCUUCUAAAAUGAUAAGGUAUUAAAUACACUACAUAUGUGGGGAAUAUAUUUGUCAUCUCAGUACUACUUUUCACAUUUAGGAUGCGAUAAAGUGUGGAUGAAAGACAUUUGUAAUAAAAUUUGAUACAAUUAUUUCAAUCUCAUCCAUAGGCAAAUGAUAGCUUAAUAUUGAAUACAAAAAAAAAAAAUAACAGAUAUUUUUUUUUUAUUAUUCUAUCAGUAUGAAAACGAUUUCUUAUUAUUUUCUUGAAUUAUGACAAGAUUUAACAAAAAUUUGAUUUUGUUUGUACUUUUCGGCAUGCAUAUUCUAUUGAAAAAUCACAUUAUUUGAUAUGGAACUCCCUAGUAUGUUGGUUACUUACUUAUAAGAAUCUCAUAUAUGUUUACAAUGUCCAUAGUAAAAUAAUUGUUGUCAUUAAUAUCGUGACAGUGAGUCAUAGCUUUUGUUAUAGAUAUGUAAAAUAUAUUAUAAAUUAUGUCAAAAUAAGAUCAUUAUAAAUACGGGUAACAAACUUGAUACGAUGUGAUGUCAUACACGGGUGAUAUAUAGAAAUUUAUAUUAAUGUUAUAAACAUGCCUUGGUCAAUCAUGCAAUUUGCUGAUGUUUGUAAUUAAAUUGUUAUCAAGAUCCUGAAGAAACUUGACUGUCAAAGGUUUAUUCAUAACUUAUAUAUUACAUAAUCUUCGUGUAUUUCAAAAGUACACUUCCGUACAAAAUUAUUGACAUUGUCCAGAAGAAAUGGAAGUAAAGAUGGAUGAAAGAAGAAUUUUAAAUGUUUAUGGCCAUGCCAAUUGAACUUACAGUUCUUUAGAUACUCCCUCACCAUUUUAGUGAGAUUUUAUUUUUUCAUAAAUGAAGACUUCUCUGCAUCUUUCAUUUUAGAUAUUUUUGCAGCUAUAGAUUUGAUACAAAAUUUUGGAAAAUUUUACUUAAAGCUCAGUAUGUGAAAAAUGAAAAUUUUGCAAACGAAUACAAAUUAGAAAAAAAACACAUAUAUUCAAUAAAUAUUUAUAUGAAUAUCCAUAGAUUAUUAUUCAGAGGAGGGAGAUAAAUAGUUACUUAUUGGCACAUUUAAAAAAAAAUCUUAAGUUCAUCAAAAAUAAAAUUUGUGUUGCUUUUUGAUACAAUGUGUUGUAAGUUUUGCUAUAACGAGUGGAAAUGAUAACUGCUAUCUAAUUACAAAUUCAAUGUAUAAUUUGUCAAAUGACCAACCUUAAAUAGUCAAGUUUCUGAUGAUUGAAUGUAUAAGUAAGGAAAUAUUUAUUAAGCCUUAAGAAGAAGUGUGAGAGGUUGUAAGCUAACAAUUAUGGAAAACUAACUUACUAAUGUGGUGUAAAAUUAGACAAAACUUUAUAAUGUGACCAACUAAGAAAAACAUGUGGAAUGUAUGUUAUUUAAUGUUGUGUAAAUAGUGUGUAUACAUAUUUGUUAUUAUCUUUAAAUCAAACAUUCAAUUAAUGUAGUAUCUAAGGGUCUAUCUCAGCUCAUCAGCUGAACAAAAACUGGAUCAAAAUAAACCGAGACUAGUCAUUUGACAUUAUUAAAUUUAUAAAAAGACAAACAAAUCUAUCAUUGGUGUUUAAUAUAUGCUUAUUCCUUCUUCUAAUGAUAAUAGUUGAUUGCAAAAAGAUUUUUUUUAAAAAUAGUUUUCUUCAAUUGUAGAUAAGUUGAAUUUAACUAGGGAUAAUGUUACACUGACAAUUUUCUUAUCACACAUUUACAAGUUUUAGAAAUAGUUGAUUGAUUGAACAAGGCCUGAACUUUCAAAGGUGUAAAACAUGAUGGAAUGUUCAUCCAAGAUGAGAAAAUAUUUUAGAAAAGAGAAAAUGAUACCUAAUCACUGAUGAAGACAAGUAUGUUGACAUUUGGCCUUAUAUUUGUGUACAUUAAAAACACUCAUUUUUCUGACCUUUUUUUUCUUUCUGGAAACUGGUGCAAUUUUCUGGUCCACAGACAACAGAUAAGCACAAAUAAAUGUCUAUUAUCUAAGAGAAUUAAAUGUUUCAGAUGUAUUUUCUUCAAAAUCAAUAUUAUUAGAAUUACUUGUAAGCCUUAUUUAGAUCAGACAAAUCUCAUAAUGGCCCUCAUACUUCCAGAAAAGAAGGGGCAUUAAUAGCAGUUUUGUUUGCCAACACAUAGGAUUUAUAGUUUGAGGAAAAAAAUCAUAUUAUCAUUAUUGUGUGAUAACAUUACUAAUGAUAAUUUUCAGUACAGUAAAAAUUAUGAUCAAGUAUUAAUUUUAUGCAUUUAUCAUAAUUUUAACACUAACAAAACAUAUCCCACUGUAAUGGAUCAUUGAAAUUAAAUUUUUUGAGCAUUGAAAGCUAUCACUUUUUUCACAGGAUGUUUAGGGUCAAACUCCUCAUUAUCUACUGUGAAACACACCAUGUAUCAUGCAUUAGUCUAAUAUAUUGUCUUAGUAUUUAUUAUACCAAGUGAAGAAUAUUUAAGUGAAAAACUUGUUUGUCUAUAUAGCUAUGUAGUAUUGCUAUGCUUGUCUCUCAUUUUUAUGACCUAAUUAUGGUUACUUUGAUCUUGUCCUAAAUAUGCAUGAAAUAUUUGGCACUGUUGCCACUGUAUGUUAGUAAACAAGAUUCCUUAAAUCAAUGUAUAACAGAAUUUUGAACAUUUAUAUUUAAUUUUAACUGGUUAUUACCUGUUUUACUUACAUAUAUAUAUAUAUACACGAUAUUUGCCAAACUUGAUUUCUUCCACCAUAAAUGUAUCAGCAUAACAGUGAAAAUGAGAAUGUCAUUUGAAGGUCAUGUUUUUGCUCAGAACUUUUGGAAGAGAAAUAGUGAAUAUUAUACUUGUUGGAUUAAAAGGACAGUGUAUGUGCAUUUUAAAAAUGUUUUGUUUACUUAGUAAAAGAUUAUGUGAAUUAAUGAAUGAUAUUUAAUCUUUGUCAUCUGAUAAGAAUUAUCCAAUAUCAGAUAAGGGCAUUUGAAAUCAAUCAUACAAGAAAUGUACAGGGAAUCAGGAAUACGCCAAUUUUUAUCAAAUAAAUCCCUUCCUGGAUGUUAUAUAUGCUUGUGUAAAAUGAUGUUGUGUAUAUAGUUGUUUUAUUUAUGCUUUAAUUGUUUGAUGUAUCCAAUGCUCUAGAAAGGAGCACAAGGUGCUGAGAACAUCAAUGGGGAGACAACCCAUGAAUCAACAAAUAAUGCUUGUUGAUUAAUAUAGUAUGAUUAUUCUUAAAUAGUUUUAAUGGGAGGUUUGAUACAAACUGCUCGAACAGAAAGAUUUUGUCAUUUAACUUAAUCUAUGUGAGUUCAUGAAGAGGAAAUACAUAUGUGAAAAAUCAUUAAACAAAUUAAGCCCUCUUCCACAAACUAUCUCAUGUACAUGAGAUAUUUUUGAAAUGUAAAACAUGAAGUACUGUUUAAAAAUGAAUUAGUGUAUUGAGAAUGGUUCCUAUUGAAUAAUCAUACUAUAUUUAGACAACCAAGUAAGAAUGAUCAUAUUGUAUAAAAUAUUUUGUCAAUUGUGUGAUUAUAAGAAAGACACAAUAACAUCAAUCACGAUGGACUUGUGGUAAAAACAUUCUAAUACCAAAAUGUGUUCAAACGAAGUCAACACCGAAACAUGUGACAGUCAAUCUAAUAUACAUUAAUAACCCAAGUAGGAAGUCAUUUUUAUAAUACGAUCUCAUCUAGGAAAUUUUUCAUUCAUUGAAUUUUGCCCCUUUAUAACAAUUCAAAAUUACCUACAUCAAUGGAUAAAAAUGGCAUUUCUUUGAUUAAGUGUUGAAUAUUUUCUCAUAAAAACACUGCAAGUAUCUUUUAAAAUGUAUGUGUUUUGACAUCUAUCUGCAUUUAAAAGGGAAAAAGGGACAAAAAUCAAAUGAAAAGUUUCUUAUAUACAUCCUCAUUUGUCUUCCAGAAAGAAAAUGUACUUAAUACAUUGUGAUGUUAAUACAAUGUGUUGUAAAUGUUCAAUGGUCUGUAUUAAUUAUACAAAUUAAAAAGGAUUGUUCUGUAAUCAAAGUAUGAUUAGGGAACGUUUUAGAUUUGAACAUCAUUGCCAUUAAAGUAAGAAAAAUGUAUAGAUAUAUGUAUUGUUUGUUUCAAAAAUUGGAAAAUAAGACAAAUAAAAAGCUACUUGACAUUCCAACAUAUAAAGCUUGAUUUACAUGAAGAAAAAAACAUUCCAUGAUUGACUGUCUCAUGAUAUAUAGGUACAUAUAAUGUAUAUCUGUUACAGCUUAUAUUAUGUGCUUAUUAAGGAACCUUGGCAAUGGAUACCAACUGUCUUUCAUUAAGUCUAGAGAGAUCCUGUCAUUUGAACUAGUCAUCAGACAAGAUACGGCACUGGUGACAGGUGCUAUCAUUUACAGUAGCUAAAUAAACCAAUUUAUUUCACUCUUACUAGCAAGGCAUACAGUAACUAUGUUUGUAAAUAACAGACUGUAGAUGUUAGUACCAAAAACUGAGUUAAUAUUCUAAGCAAAUUUUCCAUUCUAAUGAUAUGGUUAUACUAUUACAAAAUUUUGUUUUUGACAUUAAGACAAUAAAUCUUAAGUGACUUUGUGCUAAAUAAAAUUUUUCUAAUUGUUAAAUAGUACUCUUUUGGUAUAAACCAUUUAUAGUCUUUAAGUCAGUGCUCAAUAAAGGUCUUCAAAGAAAUGAAAUGGUUUAUUUAGCUAUUGUAUUAUGUUUUGUUUUAAAAACAUACCAGUUAAUAUCAGUUUAUAAUAAAAGUGCCAAAGUCAAGUCCAUUAAAGACUCAUGCCUUUGAAACAACUUGUUUGUUUUAUCUUGUUAUAAGUAGAAUUGUUACACAAGAAAAAGUUUUAUGAUUUUAUGUAUAUUAUGGAAGUUGAUAUCUGAAGUACAAUAAAGAUGAGCAUCUGUGCUCCA